AUGAAAGAUUUUAUCUUUGUCUCGCCACAGCUGUAUUUAUCAUCACAGGAGGAUUGGAAAAGUGAUUGUGCCAAAACCGGAUACAUCCCUAUUCUUAAAAAUGAUUUACAACGUUUUCAGAACUCAUUAAAGCACAUUGUCGACACUAGAAAUAACAUAUCAGGAGCAUUACUGAAGAGUACUAAUGAUGCAACUAUGCAAGAUUCAGAUCAGGAUACUGUCUCGAGCAAAUUCAAAGAAGCUUCAAUAGCAAACGACAAUGGUGCUGGCGAGAGCACAGUGGGCGCCUCGAAUUAUGUAGAGCUCAAACAAUUUCUUCCCAUUUCGUUAGACCAGCAAAUUCAUACUAUUUCUUUACAGGGAGUCUCUUCAUCAUUCUCCCACGAACAAAUAGAAUUGUUACUAGACAACUGUUUGAGUUUAGCAUUGGCGGAAACUCAAAGCAGCCCUACAUUGAAGGUGGAGGCUUGGUCUUCGUUUUCAUCGUUUUUGGAAACCCAGGAUAUUUUUUUAAGAUUCAGUAAAGUUGACAACGAUGAGGCAUUUGUCAGAGUGCUAAAAUACUGGACUGCGUUAUUUACAUUGAUUAGAGAGAAUCAUGAGGAUUUCAAAGUUGAAUUACACCUAGAUUUAAACACACAAGAGUAUAUCAAAGAUCGGACAGGAAUCGUGUCGAAUGUUAAGUCAGAAAAGGCUGAAAUGUUUUACUCCACUUUCAAAGAUAUUGAAAGCCAAAUAGAUGAAAUUAAGUCAAAGAAAGAACAAUUGGAUGACUCUUCUACCCAGUACAAAGUGGAUACCAACACUUUAAGCGAUUUACCACCGGAUGCUUUAGAUCAAUUGUGCAAGGAUAUAGUAGAUUUCAGAACAAAAGUUGUCAGCAUAGAGAUGGAAAAAAAAAUGAAGAGUGCUUACGAGGAAAGUAGGCGUCAAAGACACCAAAUGCAGAAAGUUUUUGACCAGAUAAAGAAAAAUCACUCAGCCGCCAAAGGAGGUAACAAUGCAGAUGAGGACGACGUUAACAUUGAAGACGAGGAGGAAGAGGACCACAUGGAAGACGACCUCGUCUUAGAGAAAAGAAAAGAAGAGAGAGAGCUAGAGGAAUCGAAUCGUAGAUAUGAUGAUAUGCUCCACCGCUUGCGUACCGAAAUAGAACCCAAGAUAAAAUCCAUUAGAGCCGAUAUCAUAAGCGCUGAAAACUAUGAGGUGCAUUUAGAGAAAAAUCGCUCAUUAUAUUUGAAAGAGCUGUUACACCUUGCUAAUGACGUCCACUACGACCACCAUAGAUCUUUUAAGGAGCUAGAGGAAAGAAGAGACGAAGAAGAUAGAGCUAAAAACGGUAAUCCAAAGGAACUGGUAUUCAAGCAAGUGUCUGAUGGCAAACCCACAUCUGCAGAGAAGACUGAUUCCCUCUCUCUCCCCGAAGGCACUACGACGAGCGAGAACCAUGAAGCGGACAAGAAUGUGUCUAACGACUCAGAACACGUCAAAAUCAAGUUCGACUUUAAGAAAGCCAUUGACCACUCUGUUGACAGCUCUAGUGAAGACGAGGAAUACAAGGAGAGCGAAGAGUUACCCAAAAUACCUACUAAGGAGAGCGCGGCAGAAGAUCUUUUACCAUUUACGGUAGAAGAAAUGAAUAUAAGACUAGCUGAACUGAAGGAAUCGCGCUACGUGGACGAACUGGUGCGUGAAUUCCUCGGCGUUUACGAGGAUGAGCUAGUAGAAUACAUUCUCGAAAACAUCCGCGUGAACCAGAGUAAGCAGGCCCUUUUAAAUGAGCUAAGAGAGACUUUCGACGAAGACGGGGAAACGAUAGCUGAUAGAUUAUGGAGUCGGGAAGAAUUCUGCCGUAGGACUUGA